CGGUGGAAAAGUACGGCACUACACGUCUUGUAUCGUUCCGUAUCACGUCUCUUAAUUAUUUUAUUUUCCCUACUGUGAAACACGUUGUCUCGUUCGCGACUGUUGUGUUUUUCGUCGCUGUGAGUUGUAGUUGGCUUUCCUAAAUCGUUAUCUGUGCACCAAAAUACACGGGGCGGACACCGACCGACGGCUGCCGACGACAUGUCCAACAACGCAGCGCCGGACUCGUGGGAAGAAUCCGAACUGGCCGAUUCCAGUGCCAGUGAUUUACAACAAAAACUCAUCAAGCUGAACGUGAACGCUGUCGAAUUUGUACCGUCGUUCGCGUCGUUCUCGGCCAACGAAGAUGGUGACGAAAACAGCCCGGCUGACGAGACGGCCACUGGUAGUAGUGACAAAAAGCCUACUAGUAAGUGUUUAAUUUCGAGUUUAAGGUUAUGACGUGUCCCGGUCGUCUCUAAUGGACCUGUUUGUCUGUAUUAUAAUAGCUGUAGACAGCAUAACAGAUCCGUUGCCAGGCGAUAACACCAGUGAAAAGAGUACAGCCCCUGUGCUCGACUCUUGGGAAGACGGAGCAUCCAGCACUCCCGAAGAUGGCACCGCCAAACCCAUUGUUGAUGAUGAUAUUGAUGUUGAUAUUAUUGAUCCUGACUUGGACGGUGAUGAAGAAAAACCUAAACUCGUUCCAAAAAAGCCUAUAGAAUCACAAGAACCAAAACCUAAAAAAGAACAUAUCAAUAUUGUCAUUAUUGGGCAUGUAGGUAAGGCUAGAUCAUUUUUGUCAAUUCUAUCUAUUUUUUAAUGAAUAAUCCACGUAUUAUAAUUUCUUGAUCUAAUUAUUUUAAUAAUUGACAACUAUUUAUCUAUAUCUAUCAUUCUUUCUUAAUACUUUAAAUUUACCUGUUUCACAUUUUAUACAAAUUUACUAAUUUAUUUUUCUUAAAUAUAUUAAUUGGCCUUCAAUUGUAUUAUUACUUUUUUAGCCGAGUUUAUAAAACACCCAUUUGUGCAAUAUUAUAAAUAUAUAUCUACUUAUAUUUUAUUCGUUUUAAUUUAAAAUGGACAUAUAUUUUGUUGUCAAAGUUAACGUCACUUAUAUUAGUUUUCUAUUAUCUUUAAAAAAUAUAUAAAUUAAAAGAGGUAGUAAAAAAUGUAGAGAAGUUCUUUCCAUGACACAUGUUCCAAGAAAAUCCAACAUAUUACAUACUGAAGUCUAACCCCAGUAGUCUUUAAGAGUAGAUAGUAUUUAUAUAGCUUUUGAUGUAAGAAAACUCCUGGAACACUUUAUAUCAAAUCAUAACAUUUUCUUUCUUACAAUUCUUGCCUACACAGCAUACUAUGUCGCACUGUGUCUUAUUUUUCCCUAUUUUAAUAUUAGGUAAAUAAAUUUAAGAAAAAAAUGUAUACGUACCUAGUUAAAAUAAAAAAAAGUUUGAAAGGUAUAGAUGUAUAAAGUAAUAUGUAAAUAAUAUCAAAAAAAUGUCAUAAUAUUAAAAAUUAUUUAUUGUGAAAUAUUUAUAAAUUUAAAAAAAAUAAUAAGUAUAUCAUGCAUAACUUUUUCAUCUACCUACUUAAUUAAAAUUAUUUCUUUAGAUGCUGGGAAAUCAACAAUUGGUGGUCAAAUAAUGGCUCUUACUGGUAUGGUCGAUAAAAGAACCUUAGAUAAAUAUGAAAAAGAAGCUAAAGAAAGAAGCAGAGAAUCUUGGUAUUUGUCAUGGGCAUUAGAUACAAAUCAAGAAGGUACUUCUGAAAAAUAGUUAUUUAUUACUUAUUUAUUAUUAAUAUUAUUUCUUUUUAUUCUUAUAUAAUCUAUAGAACGAGAAAAAGGUAAAACUGUUGAAGUAGGAAGAGCUUAUUUUGAAACCGAAAGGAAACAUUUUACUAUAUUGGACGCUCCUGGUCAUAAAAGUUUUGUACCCAACAUGAUUGGUGGCACUGCUCAAGCGGAUUUAGCUGUUUUGGUAUGUUAAAAAUUAUUUAUUUCUGAGUAUACUAAAUAGUUAGAACUCAGAACUUAAUGUCCUACUAUGAACACACAGUUUUUAUACUUUUAAAAACACAAUACUUAGUAGUAGUUUUACAAAUAAAAGUGUCAAAUAUAGUGCAAAAUUUAUCAUUGUCAAAAUGUAAAAUGUGGCUGAAUAUAAAAAUGAAAUAAAGGAAUACAUAGAAAUAAUUUAUUUUAAUUGGAGAGAUUAUUUAAAAUUGAUUAUUAUUAGACAUAGAUAUGUUAAGAAAUAUAAUUUAUUUGGUUAUUAUUUAUUAUCUAAAACGUAUUAGUAUAGGGUAUUGUUUUUAAAAUCGAUUUAUACAUUUAAAAUUAUAUUUUUCUUUAUUUCAUGUGUAAUUCUUCUAAAAUUGAAUUAAUGUAAAUGUUAUUUUGGGUAUUUAAUAUUUUGAAGUCAAUGUUAAUUUCAAAACUCAUAUUAUGGUUAUUUUCUAAAAUAUGUUUAACGAAACUUUUAAUUGGGGGCAGUCUUUUUUAAAUUUUAUUUCAGAAUUGUGUUCUUUAUAAAUUUAUUUUUUAAUUUCUAAUUUGUCCUAUCUAUAUAAAAUUUAUUUCAGUUACAUAUAAGUUUUUUAUACGUUUUUUGUGUAGUUUUUAGUUCUAUUAUUUAUAUGUUUGGUUAAAUUAUUAUUAGUCUUGGAAGCGAUUUUACAUUAUUUGUAUUAUUUUUCAGAAUUUUAGUGAAUUAUUUUGAUAUUUCAUACUACAAUAGUUAAAAAUAUUAUUAUGCGUAUUAUUAUUAUUUUUAUUUUUUUAAUAACUAAAUUUAAAUUUUUUCUAUAAACUAUAUUAUAGAUAAUAUUGUGUUAAUAAAUAUGUUUAUUUAAUGUAUUACGUCAAAGCCUUUUAGAAAAAGUGCUAUCAUUUAAUAAAUCUGAGCAAAAUUGUUGGUAAAAAAGUUGUCCACUGAAAAAAGAAAUUAAUAAAUAAUCAUCUUUGAAAACCAUAAGCUUCUUCGCUCUACUCAUAAUAUAAAAGAAGACACUGGGUUCAAAACACAGAAUAAGAAUUUGCAACAUUUUAUAGACUAUAGAGAAAUAGUGAACAACAAAUUCAAAUUUUAUGAAUAUUUUAGAAUGACCCAAAACGCAUUUCCCUGUCUGUGAAAAACAAAAAUAUAAUUGAUGACAGAAUAUUUUUUUUUUCUAUUUAUUUCUAUUUCUAAUUAUUUUUUUGAAAACAAUGGUUUAUUGUUACUUACAGGUAUACAUUAAAUUAUCUAUAACAGUGGCUGCACCCAUCCUUAUUAUCCUAAGAUGUCUUUUUAGGUUUUACUUGAUUUCUUAUAGUGAACAUUUGUUUUGGCCCAGUGAAAAUGUUCAACAAUUUCAAACAAUGAUUCACAAGUUGCAAAUAUAGUAGUAAAAAUAAAUUAAGUACACUAUAUAGUAAAAAAAUUUUGUAAACAUUUAAAUUUCACAGGAUUCUCUUGCUAACCUCUCCCCCUCCCUUAUUUUCAAGCACUGCUUAAACAUAAUCAAUAAAUAAUUAUAUUUUGUUUAAUAGGUUAUUUCAGCUCGUAAAGGAGAAUUUGAAACUGGAUUUGAUCGAGGUGGUCAAACUCGUGAACAUGCCAUGUUAGCGAAAACAGCCGGUGUUAAACACAUGGUGGUAUUAAUAAACAAAAUGGACGAUCCGACUGUCCUUUGGUCCAAAAUAAGAUAUGAAGAAUGUAGAGAUAAAAUUUUACCUUACUUAAAAAAACUCGGGUUUAACGUAACUAAAGAUUUAACAUUUAUGCCCGUGUCUGGUCAAACUGGUUUAGGAUUAAAAGACCAGGUUGAUGAAUCAAUUUGCCCCUGGUACAGGUAAGAUUAUUAUUUAUUAGGAAAAAACUAUUUUUGUUAAAUUCAUUUUUAUUUUAUUUUUAGAGGGCCUGCAUUUAUUCCAUUUAUUGACAAUUUACCUUUAUUAAAUCGUCGUUCAGACGGACCUUUUAUAAUGCCUGUUGUAGAAAAAUAUAAAGACAUGGGAACUGUACUCAUGGGAAAAGUAGAAUCUGGUGAAGCAAAGAAGACCCAAAUACUAGUAUUAAUGCCAAAUAGAGUAUGUUUUAAUAUAGUAGUUGAAUAUAUUUUUAUACACAAUUUUAUAUUGUUAUAAUUUACUUUAUUUACACAGACUCAAGUUAUUGUUGACCAAUUGUGGUCAGAUGACGAAGAAGUUACCUCAGUUGGACCCGGUGAAAAUAUCAAAGUUAAACUAAAAGGAGUUGAAGAAGAAGAUGUCUCUCCUGGUUUUAUUUUAUGUGAUCCAAUUAAUCCAGUUAAAACUUGUCGUAUAUUUGAUGGACAGGUAUUAAAAGUCCCUGUAAAAAUAGUAUAUUAAGAUGCGUCCAGACAGAUUCGUUUGCAUAUGAACAAAUGUUUAGUACUGCAUGCACCUUGGUGUGGACGGUUAACCGCAAAAGACUAAAUAAAUAACUUGCUUAAUGCAAGAUAAAGAUUACGUGUACUGUAAAAAAUGAUGUUCAGUUCAGACUUAAAUACUGUGCGCAAUUUACUUCACUGCAUGGUAAUAUUUAAAACCAAAUUUUUAGAUUAGAUACAACCCUUUUUUAUUUGCCCAUGUGCAUUUUUUGCAGGGAAAUAUAAUAAUUAUAUAUAUAUAUAUAAUAAACAAUUCAAAAGAAUUAAUUUUCUUUUAAAUUCUUCUUGGAAUGUCUUUAGGAUACACAUACUAUUUCUGGUGAUUAGAAAUGAAACUGAUAUGAAGAGCUAAUGGAUACAUAUGGGACACCAUACUCUGUACACUCUUUGGUGUUAACAGUACCCAUUUGUGUGGUUACAAAUGGUAUUAAACGUAUGAUGUCAUAUACCUUCAGUACCAUAAGUGCAGUUGUAAUUUUUGUUUUGGACGCAUUUUUACAAAUUUAACGCAACUUAACAUUGUUUUAAAGAUUUAAAUAUAAUUUACUACUUUAGGUUGUCAUAUUAGAACAUAAAAGUAUUAUAUGCGCUGGAUAUUCAGCAGUUAUGCAUAUCCAUUGUGUGGCUGAAGUAGUAGAAGUUAAAGUGAGUAAAAUAUGUGUAUGAAAACAAAUAUUUAUUAAUAGUGAUGCUCAGAAUUAAGAUUUAAACUUGCUUAUAUUUUUUCCUAGUUUUCAAAUUUUUCAAAACUAAUAAAGAAAAGUUAUAUAAAUAACUAAUUAGUGUGUGUGUGUUCUAUGCAACUAUGCAUGACAUAGUUUGAAUAUACUCAAAGUCUUAACUAAUAACUCCCUUGCUCCUCUUAAUAUUUAAAAAAAAAAAGUAGGUAUUUUGCAUAAUUUUUUAUGAGACUCUAAUUUUUCAGGCUUUAAUAUGUCUAGUUGAUAGAAAAACUGGAUUAAAAUCUAAUAUGCGACCACGAUUUGUUAAACAAGAUCAAGUAGUUAUCAUGAGGCUUGAAUGUGCGGGUGUUGUUUGUUUAGAAGAAUUCAAACUUUUUCCACAAAUGGGUAGAUUUACACUUCGAGAUGAAGGUAUGUAUUUCUAAUAAGAUAUAUUUGUAUUAUCUUUAUACUGAAAUAUUUAUUAAAAAAUAUAACAUGCUUAUUGACUGACUAAACAGUCCAAACCUAGAAGUUACUUCUAUUAUAAGUAAUAUUGUAACUUGUUUGUCAAAAUUAAAUAUUUGAUUAAAUACGAAGUUUCCCAUAAAAUUUUAAUUAAUCCUUUUUCUUUUUUUCAGGUAAAACUAUUGCCAUUGGCAAAGUUUUGAAAAUAAUUGAAUAGAUGACUUUAUUUUGUCUAUUGAAACUUAGCAAGUUGAAAAUGACAGGAGAUUAAUAUAUAUAUAUACAUAUAUAUAUUUUAUAACUUAAUUUUUUUUCAUUUAUUUUUUUUGAUAAAAAAUAAAAAAUGUUAAACUCAAAAAAAAAAAAACUAUGCUGAUCCAUAUUAUGUAAGAAAUUUAAUUUAUAUAGCCACAUCAAAUGGACACUUGUUAUUGUUGGUUGAUAGUUAAUGUGUGCCUUCUAUCAGGCAGUUUUUUUUUUUUUUUACGUAGAUUGCACAUGUUAAAUAACAGCAGUCUAUGUAAAAACAAAAAACAAAUACAAAUAAUAUUCUCUAAAUUAUUAAACUGCCAUCUAUGUCCUAAAUUUGUUUAGUUGUAAAUACAUUUUAUUUCAAUUUGUAAAAAACGUAAAUUGCUCGCUUUGAUAUAUUGAUUUUAAACAAAUUUGAUAUCAAUCUAUUUGGAUUAUAAUUAAUAAUGAAAAUUGUACAGAAAACAACGCUCUGUCCGGCAUGUGCCUCAUUAUCAAAUUGAUUUUAUUUCUUGUUAGUAAGAAAAUGUUUAAAUUUAAACCGAACCAAUGUGAUCUUAAUUCAUAAUUGAUUGUGUUUCAGUGGACUAAUAUAAUAUUAACAAUUUAUUAUAUAGAAAAUUAAAUUUUUGUAUAUUCAACAAACAUUAAUUAUUAUUGAUUCAAAUGUUUAAGUAGAAAUAAUAAACAGUUCACUAUUUAUUAUUUCUGACAAUAAAAAAUUAUUUUCAGCUAAAAAUCUAAAUUGUUUAUAUCAUUGCCUAAAUAAUAUUAUAUUGUGUUAAGAAAAUUACCCUUAUUAUUGUACCUACGGUCGAUAAGAAAUCAUAAUCCCUGAAUCAAGUUUCUCUCUAAUUAUUGAACUUGAGAGCAAUGACAUAUUUAAUGUUAUGCUAAAUAGUAGAAUAGUCUUAAUGAUUUUUUUUUCUCUUUUAAACUAAGAUUUUUGAUCGAAAAAUUACAAAAAUAUUGUAUACAAACAAAAGAAAUAUCACAGUAAAACCAAUUGAAUACAUUAAAUAUGAGCUCUGAAUAUAGAAUAUUUAUACACUUUGGCUCAUUGUAGUAAGAUAAAUUAAGAUUUUUUUUUUUCCAAAAAUUUAAUAAUAAUUGACAAUUAGAAAAUUACCUUCUAAAGGAUGUUUAGCAUACAAUUAAUUUUAUGGAUGGUUUUUUUUUCUUAAUAAGAUGUUUUGAAUACAGCUGAUAUUAAAAAUUAAUAAAAAAAAAAAAUAUGUCAAAUAACAUCUGGAAAAUGAUACACAAUAUACUACUUAAUCAGUAGUUGGAAGUAACACGUUACCUUUUUUUUUGUUACGAUACUAGUAGUAAAUACAUUUAUUUUGAUAAGUAGUUUAGAACCCAGUAAUGCUCCUUUUUUUUAUAUGAAGCAAUGAAAAUUUUGUUACUUUACCAAAUUAUUAUGAAGCUGAUAAAUUAAUCUCAAUACAAUUUUAUAACUGAAUAUAUAUUGGUCAGUCACUCAAUUAGAGGUAUAUAGUUAGUGACUAAAUGAUUCAGUACUAUAUCAUGAACAAAUAAAAUGUUGUUCGUUAAUGAAUCAAAUAAAUAAUUUUAUGAUAAAAAAUUUUUUUUUAAAACUGCCUUUCAGCAUCUUUGUUUAAACGACAAGUAGUCUCUAUAAAUACAAUUAAAUGAGUAUAAAGUAGUAAUUAUACAUAGUAUACUUAAACAUGUUUGGGGUUGAUUCUCCAAUGAGAUGUCCCCUUUCCUUAGCCUAAAUUACUUAAACUAAGUCAUAGGGCUUCAAGCGUUUGAGGCGCCUGAUGUCUUGCGAGUUAUCAAGCAGUUGUUUUGCAGCUGCAUGGGUGUGCAACUCUAGUCUAUUGACAUAUUUGUUAGCGAACUUUCUGAUUGUAUGACGUCAUUCCUGUCGAACCGGUAUGCCGCGACAAUGGUCCGAAGGGCAAUAUUUUGACAACGUUAAAUGAUUUCAAUGUUAGAUUCGUUGGCACAACCCCACAGUUGUAUGCCAUAGGUCCAGAUCGGUUUGAUGAUGGCUACGUAUAGAAGUCGUUUGUCUGUCAGGUCUAGCGUGGAAUUCCUUUCAACUAGCCCGUACAAUUUACGCAUUUUUUCUUUGAUUUGCAGUUUUUUUUUGGCGGACAUGGUGUUUCCAAUUCAACCGGGAGUCGAGAUGAAUACCCAGGUAUUUAGCCGAAUAUUUUUGUGAAACUAUUGUGUAGUCCAACAAUACAGGGAUAUUUACAGUUUUACGUAAAGUAUAAUUUACGUGUACCGACUUGUCACUGUUGAUCAAGAUUUUCUAACGUCUUGUCCAAUUAUAAAUAUUAUUGAUCGAGAUCUGCAAGCUGUCUGUCGCGGCCCGUUGGUCCUUACUUGUUGUUAAAAUUGCUGUGUAGUCGGCAAACAUAGCUGUUGUUGAGUCGGUGUUGGUCGGGAUAUCGGCUGUGUAGAGUAAGUAGAGAAUAGGUCCUAGGACGCUACCUUGUGGUACUCCAGCCGAUAUAUUUUUCCAAUUUGUUAUUGCUUCUUCGUGUACGACUCGAAAUUGCCGGUCCGUCAGAUAAGAUUCUAAUAGCGCACACCAUGUGUGCGGGCGCUGUUCACGACAUUUUAUAAUAAAAAAAUGAUAACAUU